GAGGGAGCGGGACGAGGGACCAUACUGCAGCCAUGGGCGGGCACCUGGCACUGCUGCUGGCCCUGCUCUCAGGCACCGUGAUGACGGGCCAGUGCCUGGAAGGAGGGAGCAUGUCCAAAGAGACCCUGGCGGAUGAGCCCAACAGCUACCUAGAGAGACUCUCCGACAUGCUGCAGAAGAGUGAGGAUCAUGCCCUUUGGCCCCUCUCUGAUGAGCGCCCGCCGGGCACCCUGCUUCACGCGCUGCUCUACGCCCUGCAGCGACCCGGCCGCAGCCCCGCCUUCCUGUUCCAGCCCCAAAGGUUUGGCCGAGACACCCGGGGGAGCUGGGGUGGUGAGGGCCGGCUCAGCCAGCGGGGCUGGGAUUCCAUGGCCUCCCAGUUCUGGAGCAUGGCCGUGCCCCAGCGCUUCGGGAAGAAGAAGUGACUCCGAGGGGCUGCUCAGCUCCAGCACCCCUGGCCCAGAUCGACGCUCCCUCCCCACUCGUGAGCAGAUUGAGCUGCGACGACCGGCGCAGCCCAGCAGCUGGGUCA